UAUUCAGAGUAUUCAGACAGAGUUUGCAGGCUGACUGAUAGUUAGAAAUCCCACUUCUCUUUGUGGCUUUGUGAAACUGUCCCCUCAGCUGUAGAGCGCAGAGCAGAGUCACCCAGGGUUAUUGUCAGACAGUGACCACACUCAGACCCUGCAACAUGGUGGCUAAAGCCGUCCGUUUCAUCUACAGCAGGAGGUGUAAAGAGAUCCGUGCCCAGCUGGUGGAGCAGUUCAAGUGUCUGGACCAGCAGUGUGAGCUGAGAGUGCAGCUGCUGCAGGACCUGCAGGACUUCUUCAGGAAGAAAGCGGAGGUCGAGAUGGACUACAGUCGUAACCUGGAGAAACUGUCUGAGAGGUUCCUUGCGAAGACACGUAGCACCAAGGACCACCAGCUCAAGUAAGACAG